AGCAUUUUAUGUAAAAAAAAAAAUACAUUGGUGUCAUAUGCAAGGGUAAUAAUUUUAGUAACGACAAAGCCCGGUGAGGGUAACUUUAUGUUAAAUGAUUUGAAACGCAAAGAUAGUUCACGGCUCAGGAGAUUAACGAUUUAAGGUGGAAUGGCUCUAGUGCCCAGACCCCGGGACGCUCAUGCCUACAGUUGAAAGAGAUGGGUUUCGCUAGGGGCGACGGAAAGUACUGGAUCCGACCAAAACUUGCCAUGCAACCUUUCACUGUGGUCUGUGAAAUGACGACCGAUGGAGGUGGAUGGACCCAGUUGAAGAAUUUUGUUUAUGGUUCAACAACAUUCACAACUAUGGGAACUACGUCCAAUUACACUAGAAUCACAGAAAACAUUGUUCAAAAAGAUCUGCUCGUCACAACUAGUGGGCUUGCAAAUCUUAAGAAAGACAUGGGCUUCGAUCAAUUGCGCUACUAUUGUCGCAAGCAGGCUGUUAACAGGACAGUCCAUAUAAUGACAAACAAAGACGAGAGAGGAAGACAGGCUAUAAGGUGUCUUCUGGAAACGCCAAAUCCCCGGCCAGUUGCCUGUGGCUCGUUUACUCGUCUCCCUGACGACGACUCCAUCUUGACCCAAAACUGUGACAAGUGGGGCAACAACUGCCCUAACACCCCCUGCAACCACUGGGGACACACAGGUUUUACCGGAAACUUAAGAGUCUAUUCUCGACCAGGCUAUUAUAAAGACAAUGACGGUACAGUCCGAACGUUUGGUGUCAUUCCCUUUUACGGAGAACUGUGGUGUGAUGACCACAACAACGGCAAUCUUAGACAUGGCGACAGGUUCUCGGUCUACGCAAGAUAAGUCUAAUCUAAUAUAAAUGUUCAAAAAAGGGACUUCAUGCUAACGAGUCUUGCAUGUGGAGCAAGGGUCACGUGGUAUUAAGAUGCAUGACAUCACUCUACACGACACUAGUCCCCAGAGCUCUUUGUGCUCUCUCUUGAGUCAAACACAGGUACCACGAGGUAUCCCGAGCAUCGACGAGGCCGACUCGACUCCGAUUCCUAAGGGGAAGUUGUUGCAACGGGAUGCACACAUCUACAAGGAGGCUUCGAUGGCAUGCACCCCUUUGCAAAUAGAUCGUUUCUUUUCUUAAAGUAAAUAAAGGGGUGGAUUUAUUGAGGUUUUCUAAAAGUUCAAACUUUACGAAGUUUGACAACACCUGUCCCAGGGUCAGGACA